AUAUUACUGGUCCUUAUAAAAUUUCCAUCGAUAUAAAUGGAAAUAUUGAUGACAAUGGAUCUUUAUUUACGUCGAAAGCAACAACAACAACAACAACAACAACACUCACAGUUUCGACAAAUGAUACACUUACUUGUUACACAUGUAUUGAUUGUGAUGAACCAUUUAACUCCAAUAAUGUAGCAACGGUAACAGUGCCUGCUAAUCAAGGAUAUUAUUGCCGAAAAUCAUCAAUAUUGACUGUCAUCGAUCGAGAUGUGUCUCAAUGGUGUGUUCAAGAUAAUGUAAAUGGCAAUGGUCUAUGGUGUUGCCAAUCAAAUUUUUGUAAUCAUGCUAAGUCCAUGACUUUAACAAGUUUUCUUAUUUAUCCUUUAGUUUUGAUCUUAACAUUGAUUUUUCUAAUUGAAUAA